CAUACAAUGACUUAGCCCAUCGCAGGUGGCGGCAAGGCUCACGUAUGGUCCUGGCAGUCUACCUUUCGUGAAAUGCGAGUCGAUAUGGAUCCUGCCUCCAUUUUUGAGGAUGCACUUAAAGGUCUUGCAACUAAGGAUUUCGAUAACGGAAAUGCUAAACCAUGUGACAAUCUACAGACGUCAGUUAAUGGUUCUAGUGACUUUCUAAAACCUGAAUCUUACAUCACAUAUCCCGACAAUCCACAAUUACCUUCCAUACAAAAUACUCAGAAGGUUUCAGAAGAAGCUCCUAGUGCUUCUCAAAAUGACAUCAUCCUCAGUGCUCUCAUAAAUGCUGGGAUUGCUCCAUCCUCUUUAAAACCUCAAGAAGUUUACUCUAAUACUCCUUCAGUUUCAGUUACUGUGAAUCCGAACGUUAAAGUUCUCAAUGCUCAAGGUACUACCAUACUGAGGGUUGUUCCACCAGGAAAUGGCAGCAAUUCACCAGUUCAGCAAGCUUAUCCUCCUCGAAUGGCUAGUCAGUUGUUAAAGAAGCCUUCUGAUAAUGGUCUUACAAUGUCUGGAAUUACUCACAUGCCAAAUAUUAUACGGAAAAGGCCUCCUUCGCUUGUCGAAACUAGUCAGCCUUUUUCAAAAAUUAGACGUGUACUUAACCAUGGUCCAGUAGAUAAAGACGUUAGCCAUCAGAUCACAGCAUUUUCUGGUAUGGGUACUGUCCCAACUAGCUCAAGUAAAUGGUAUGAGGCUCCUAAUGUUUCACGACCAUCUUUGCCUCCUCACUGCGUCCGAGUACCUAGUCAUACUCAAAUGACUCCCAGAUCAUACCCGUUGAUAAAACGAGAUGAAGAUAUGGAUGAAGAUGAAGAUUUAGCUCAAGCUGAAACGUAUGCUGACUAUAUUCCGUCAAAACUGAAUUAUGGACAAAAGCAUCCAGAUCCUGUUGUCGAGUCGAGUUCCUUGUCCAGUGUCUCUCCUCCAGACAUUCAUUAUCGUCUUAUUCUUCCGGAUGAAGUUAUCGAGCGAGCGUAUCUUUCAGCUUUGCAACUGGAAGCAGUGGUGUACGCCUGUCAACGUCAUGAGUGUAUCUUACCGAAUGGUCAACGUGCUGGGUUUUUAAUUGGCGACGGGGCAGGUGUGGGAAAAGGUCGCACCAUUGCCGGAAUAUUAUAUGAAAAUUAUUUGCGACAUCGUAAGAAGGCCAUUUGGCUCUCAGUUUCAAAUGAUUUGAAGGUCGAUGCUGAACGCGAUCUGCGUGACGUGGGCUUGGGAAAGAUCAAGGUUCAUUCCUUAAACAAGUUUAAAUAUGCUCGUAUUUCUGGUAAAACUAAUGGACGUGUAAAAAAAGGUGUUAUUUUUUCUACUUAUUCUUCAUUGAUUGGUGAAAGUCAAGGUAGUGCAAAAGCGAAAUAUAAAACUCGAUUAAAACAACUUGUUCAUUGGUGUGGGAAAAAAUUCGAUGGUGUUAUUGUGUUUGAUGAAUGUCAUCGAGCUAAAAAUUUAACUCCUAGUGGUUCUCAAAAACCUACAAAAACUGGUCUAACUGUACUUGAAUUACAAAACAAACUACCAAAUGCUCGGAUUGUUUAUGCCAGUGCAACAGGUGCUACUGAACCUCGUAACAUGGCUUAUAUGACGCGUCUGGGAUUGUGGGGUGAUGGGACGCCAUUUAAAACAUUUAAUUCAUUCAUCCAAACACUUGAGCGACGGGGUGUUGGUGCUAUGGAAUUGGUUGCUAUGGACAUGAAACUACGUGGAAUGUAUAUUGCACGGCAGCUCAGUUUUCAUGGUGUCAAUUUCAGCAUUAAUGAAGUACUAAUAGAGAACGUCAAAUUAGGCCAUGAAAGCUUUAUUCAUGUAUAUAAUCAGUCAACUGACCUGUGGGUAUAUGCAUAUCGCUUCUUCUCAGAAGCGUCACGUUUAUUAGAUCUAAGUGAUCGUUAUCGUAAAACUAUGUGGGGACAGUUUUGGUCUGCUCACCAACGAUUUUUCAAGUAUCUUUGCAUUGCUGCCAAAGUGGAAAAAUGUGUUGAAAUUGCUAAAACUGCUGUCGAUGAGGGUAAAUGUGUUGUCAUUGGUCUUCAGUCUACUGGUGAGGCUAAAACCCUAGAACAAGUUGAAGAAUAUGGUUUAGAUUUAGGUGAAUUUGUCUCAACUGCUAAGGGCGUGUUCCAGUGUCUGGUUGAAAAGUAUUUUCCAACACCAACAAAUGUUGAGAAUUUCUCUCUUCGAGGGGAUAAGCUAGCAUCGGCAGGUGAUCGCAGCUCUAAUACAACUCUCAAUAGAGCAGGACGCGCAAUAGCUGCUGGUCAAGGAAGUGGUCUUGGUUUGAAAGAUAUUUUGGGUGAAAAAAUGCUUGCAAAGCUAGUUGCUGGUGGUAGUUUAUCUGGAUCGAAAUUAAGUGAUGAUUAUGAAAAUUCCAGUAAAGUUGACGGUGUAGGAUCUGAUUCUGAUGACGAUGAUGGUAAUGAACAUUCUGAUGAGUCAGAUGAUGAUGAUUCUGAUUUGAAUAAUCUUCAAAAAGCUAAUGGCUGUAACCUUUCAGAUGGGAAUUCAUCAUCUGAUUAUUACGAUUCAGACCUGGAAGUGAAUUCACCAAACAACAAUCCCAGUCGAAAUAGAUCAAAAAAGUCAGAUUCUUCUAAAAAACAGUCUCAUUCAGGUAAACGUAAACAAAAGUAUAACCGAGCUGGUGGUUCACCGAAUUGCUUGUCAGAUGAUUCGGACGAAGAUUGGGAUCCGGACGCAUUAUUUGACAGCUUUCUAGCUCGCAACAUGACUCUGUCCAAUUCGAACACUAACAGUGAUAUAACCAAGCGAUUCGAUGACAGCAAGCACUUUGGAGAUGAUAUUUGGGGUGAUGAGUUGACUCGUAAAUUAUCACAACAGUAUCUUAUGGGUCGCGGUUCAGGUGCAGCUAAUCAGUCGCUGAUUGCUAACAAUGAACUGAAGGUCUCUCCCGAAGAAGCUAAACGGCAAUGUACUGAAAUGCAAAGUUUACUUUUGCGUUUCAUUGAAAAGCUUGGUCCAAAGUUACCUCCCAGCUCCCUUGAUGAGUUGAUUGACAAAUUGGGUGGACCCUCACGGGUUGCUGAAAUGACAGGUAGAAAGGGUCGUAUGGUGAUGGGGGAUGAUGGCCGCGUUUCUUAUGAAUCUCGUCGUGAAAGUGACGUCAAUUUAGAACUACUUAAUCUUACCGAAAAACAACGCUUCAUGAAUGGCGAGAAACUAAUUGCUAUUAUCUCUGAGGCAGCCAGUAGUGGUAUCUCCCUUCAGGCGGAUCGAAGGGCAUCUAAUCAACGCCGACGUGUUCACAUUACAUUGGAACUUCCUUGGAGUGCAGAUCGCGCAGUUCAGCAGUUCGGUCGUACACACCGAUCCAACCAGGUUAGCGCUCCAAAAUAUAUCUUUCUGAUUUCCAAUUUGGCUGGUGAGCAGCGUUUCGCCUCUACAGUUGCUAAACGUUUGGAGUCUCUUGGUGCUCUAACUCAUGGUGAUAGAAGAGCUACAGAAACUCGUGAUUUGUCGCAGUUCAAUUUGGAUACUAAACUCGGACGAGAAGCUUUAGAGUUAGUAUUACGUGCUUGUAUUUGGGGCGAUGAGGGCAUAGUUGAUCCUCCAAACGACUAUAUAACUGACACUCCUAUUGACGUUGCUGUCGAUCGGGACAAUGUGAAUGCUCAGUCUUUCUUUAACGAUGUUAAAGCAAGUUUACAGGGUGUAGGUUUGGCUACUGGUCGAUGUCGUGAAAAGGAUAGUAAUCAAAUGUCUAAAUUUUUGAACCGCAUUUUAGGUAUACGUGUUCAUAUUCAAAAUGCACUCUUUCAAUACUUUUCGGACACAUUAGAAGAAGUUACCAGACGUGCUAAACGUGAUAAUCGUCUGGAUCUCGGAAUUUUGGAUCUUGGUACUUCUGGUCAGAAUUUGGAAAUAACAUGGACCAAAAGUUUUGAUACUUGGUUUUUAUCAGAAUCUACUCAAGUUCAUUUACACAAAGUAACUGCUGAACGCGGAUUACCAUGGUCUGGUGCUAUGGAAAUAUACACUCAGCAUGAUGGUGUAAAUGAUGGUUUUUAUUUGCCAUCGGUUGUUAGUAGCAAUAAAAUUGUUAUACCUGUUCUAGCUGUAUAUGUGAAAACUCGUACUACGCGAUCGACCAGUAAACCCGAUUCAAAAUUAUAUCGUAUCUAUCGACCAAAUACUGGUAUGCAGGCACGACCAAUUGAACUCGAAAAGUUACAGGAACGAUAUACCCGUGUUUCUAAUCCUUCAGAUUGUCAAGAGCCUUGGAGCCGGAUAUUUAAAGAAAGUGCUAGACGUUGCAUUCAUAUGUUACUUCAUGGGUUUUGUUCAUCAACUAUCCAAAGUCGAACAUUAUGUGAAGUCGGUUUACGAACGCGUAAUUACUAUGUUCUUAGCGGGUCAGUGUUAAAUGUAUGGGCUAGAAUUGAACCUUUUCUUCAGCUGCGUUCAAAUUCUACUCGUUGUAUGCAAGUUGUACGUCUCAAGUCAAAGGAUGGGAAACGUAUUGUUGGGUCCCUUAUCCCUCAAGAAUGCGUCCAGGAUGUAUUGGCUUGUUUGUCACUACCUCCUGAAACAGAGCACACAUCUUCUAGUGAUAACUUGGAUAAAAAGUGUGGUUUGCCUCACAUGGAAGAAUCUUCAGGAAUUUCAAAUAAUUUUAAUUUAUCACCUCAUAUUCCUAACGUUCCUUGGCCUAGAGGUCAAACUUUCAAUGUAAACCCAAAUCAGCAGUCUAGAUUAUACGGUGGUCGUCCACCUUCAUUUAUAAAUCAACGACCCAGUAAUAUUAUACGAAAAAAGAUCCCACCUCAUAAUCCUGGAAAUAUGUACCGUGGUUCAUUGUUUACUCAAAGUUCAUCUGAACAACGUCGUUUUGGCACACUACGAGAAACUUUAACCACUGAUUUAAAUUAUAUACCAAGUCAUUCCAAUGGUUAUCUAUCUACCACAUUAUCACAAUCUCAUGUAUCCAAUUCUUCAAAAAGUGUGAGUCCAAUGUACUCAAACACUUCUAUACACAAUUUUGGAUCUACUCGUUUAAAUUCUAAUACAAAAAUGGGAAGUCGAUUAAAUGCUGCUCUAUCAUUACCAUUACUCUCUGAUAAUCCUAAUAUUCAAUAUCAAACAUCAUGUAGUAGUAGUAGUAGUACUACUACUACUACUAGUAAUGUUAAUUAUUCUUCUACAUUAACUAAUCGUAUCAAUGAUAUACCAUCAUCUAAUAUCUCAUCUGUUAAUAAUAAUAAUAAUAAUACAAUUAUUCCUUCUAAUUUCUCAACGAAUACAAUGAAUAAUGUAAAAAAUUCUUCAAAUAAAGUAACACGUUUCAAAAUAAAAUGGAAAGAUGGAUAAUGAGUAUAUUCCAUGAUUAAAUUAGUCUUUCUAUUAUUAUUUUGUAAAGUCAACAAUCUCUUAUUUGUACUUUCUUACUUAUCCUUUUAACGAAGAGAAAGAGACAGAGAAAGAGAGAGAGUAUAUGGUUAUUAUUAAUGAAUUUGUUAUAUAAAACUAAAGAUUUUCUUUCUUUUCUUUUUCUUUUUUUUCUCAUCAUUUAGUUUAUUGAAUUAUUUUUCUAUUAAACAUUUCACUGGUGUCAAUAAUUAAUUUUUAGAUCAGAAUUUUGUGUAAAGAAAAAAAGAAAAAAAAGGAUUAUUCCUUCUUUCAUAUGAACUAUAAAUUGUAAUGUGUAAUCUCUGUAUAAUUAAUCAAUCUAUGAUGUAAUGAUAUCUCCUUUCUUCUUCUUGUUCUUCAUGGUCUUCUUCUUAUUACUUAUGCCUGUUACUUCCAAUAGAGGAGGAGUAUAGUCAGUUCACAUUGUCCUGGAUCACUUUUUUUUUCUUCCCUUUCCUUCUCUAUUCUAUCUCAAUGGUUGUUUAUUUCUUCUUGUUCAUAACAGUUUUAUUUGUAUAUAGUCUAUUUUUUUUUGUUUCCUUAUUAAAAAAAAAAGAAAAGAAAAAAAGAGUUUGUCAAAUGUGAAAAUAUUUGAUGUUCUAUUUUUGUUUUUUUUUCUGCUGACUACCUCUUUAAAAAAAAAAAAACAUGAUUGUUACUGUACGUUGAAAUUGUGAACAAUUAUUUCUUUCUUUCUUUCUUUGUUAUCUUUUCAAUUUUUGAUUUCUUUUAAUUUCUUAUUGAAUCUAUUUGAAUAGACUUUUUGUUGUUCUUUUCUAUUCUAUUCUUAACCAAUUAAAUUUAGUCGGUAUUCUGUUUAUGGUACUUGUAGAAGAUAUAAUCAAUUUGUAUUGGUUUCUUAUUUCAGAUGAAUAAAAACAAUAAAUAUCUUUCUAUAAUAAUUACAAA